CUAGGGGGACUAUUGAGCCGUUUCGAGCGAAGCGCCAGGCGGCUCGUCUUGCCUGCGAGUAACAGAAUGUUUCUGCGCCGUGUGCCGGGAGGAGUGUGAUCCAGGCGCGGCUGGACAUCGGCGGGGCGAAACGGUUCUGCAUUCGUCCCCGGCAGCUUCCCCCUCCAUGCCGCGCGGAGACGACGGCACGAGCCGCACGCAUCAGCAGCACGCGGGAGGAGGGGGACAGCGGCGGCAGCGGCGGCGGCGGUGGCGGCGGAGUUGCGCGGAGGAGGAGAGGAGCGCCGUCGGUUCCCGCAGGGCUACGAUGUCCGCGACCCGGGUGGCCCGGAGGUUAAACCCUUUAUAGGUGGCAGCCCUUAAACCAGAAGCCUCUCCCGUGCGGGACUUUGUUCUGGGACCGUCUGCCCUGUGGACUCAUGUCAACCCAUCGCCGUGCUCCUUCUCCCACCCACUGAGCUAAAUGAGUUGUCCGGCUGAUGGGAGUCAGGUUGGAACACGCACCACAAGUAACGCAGAAUGUCUUGGGUCAGUGGAUUCUUAGUGGCGAGAGUUGACGACCGCAAGACAGCGUGGGGAGAGCGCAAUGGCAAGAAGUACAAGCGAAAGGGUGGCUCCUCCCUGUGCGGCCCACGCUACAUGAGCUGUCUGCGAGACCCCGAGGCCAUGGAGCCACCCGAGCCCCCCCGCCAGCACCGAGGAAGAGACGGCGGCGCCGGGACUGGAACGGGGGGGGGCAGCAGCUUCGGCCUGCGUUGCGGCUGGCAAGAGGACCACUACGGGAAAAGGGGUGGGACUGGCACAGACGCGGGUCUGAAGUCCGUGGACCUGGCCUUCGAAGAUGGGGAUCUGAAGACGUGGAAAGAUGGUGUGGGGUGCGGGGAGGGCGGCGAGGACGCGGCGGCCACCGGCAGAGAGGUUUCGGCUGCCGACUGCUGGCAGCACGUGGUGCGGGUGUUCCAGUCCAAGAAGUUCCGCUCGGCCAAGCUGGAGCGCCUCUACCAGCGCUACUUCUUCCGGCUCAACCAGAGCUCGCUGACCAUGCUCAUGGGCGUCUUGGUGAUCGUGUGCGGGGUCAUGCUGGCCUUCCAUUGCGCGCACGCGCCCCCGAACGUGGCGUACGCCUGCAUGCUCUCCAUGGCCAUGGCCCUCUUCCUGGCCAUGAUGGCCGUCUGCAACCGUAACGGCUUCCACCAGGACUAUAUGUGGAUUGUCAGCUACCUGGUCAUUGCCGUGCUGGUCGUGGUGCAAGUCUUCGGGGUGCUCAAGGUGGCCCCCCGCAGCGCCUCAGAGGGUGUCUGGUGGUCCGUCUUCUUCAUCUACAUCAUCUACACGUUGCUGCCGGUGCGCAUGCGGGCAGCCGUCCUGAGCGGCGCCGUCCUGUCCUCCAUUCACCUCGUCACGGCCUGGCGGCUCAACGUCGGGGACGCCUUUCUCUGGAGACAGCUGAGCGCCGACGUGCUGGUAUUCCUGUGCACCAACCUCAUCGGGAUCUGCACGCACUACCCGGCCGAGGUGUCCCAGAGGCAGGCCUUCCAGGAGACCAGGGGCUACAUCCAGGCCCGGCUGCAUCUGCAGAGGGAGAACCAGCAGCAGGAACGCCUGCUGCUCUCGGUGCUGCCGAGACACGUUGCUAUGGAGAUGAAGGCUGACAUCAACGCCAAGAAAGAAGACAUGAUGUUUCACAAGAUCUACAUCCAGAAACAUGACAACGUCAGCAUCCUGUUUGCGGACAUCGAGGGCUUCACCAGUCUCGCCUCCCAGUGUACAGCCCAGGAGCUGGUCAUGACUCUUAAUGAACUGUUUGCUCGCUUUGACAAAUUGGCAGCGGAGAACCACUGCCUACGCAUCAAGAUCCUAGGGGACUGUUACUACUGCGUGUCCGGGCUGCCGGAACCGCGGGCUGACCACGCGCACUGUUGCGUCGAGAUGGGCGUGGACAUGAUCGAGGCCAUCUCGCUGGUGCGGGAGGUGACAGGGGUCAACGUCAACAUGCGGGUGGGCAUCCACAGCGGGCGUGUGCACUGCGGCGUACUGGGCCUGCGCAAGUGGCAGUUCGAUGUCUGGUCCAAUGAUGUGACGCUGGCCAACCACAUGGAGGCGGGGGGGAAGGCAGGGCGGAUCCACAUCACAAAGGCGACGUUGCAGUAUUUGAAUGGGGACUAUGAGGUGGAGCCGGGCUUCGGGGGCGAGAGGAACGCCUACCUGAAGGAGCAUAGCAUCGAGACCUUCCUGGUGCUGGGCUGCAGCCAAAAGAGGAAAGAAGAGAAGGCCAUGAUGGCCAAGAUGCAGCGGGCGCGGGCCAACUCCAACGAGGGGCUCAUGCCUCGCUGGGUUCCCGACCGAUCCUUCUCCAGGACCAAGGACUCCAAGGUCUUCAGGCAGAUGGGCAUCGAUGAAAAUUCCAGCAAAGACAAUCGAGGUGCCCAGGAGGCCAUGAACCCUGAAGAUGAAGUUGACGAGUUCUUGGGACGAGCAAUUGACGCUCGCAGCAUCGACCAGCUCCGCAAGGACCACGUCAAGAAGUUCUUGCUGACCUUCCAAACCUCCGACCUGGAGAAAAAGUACUCCAAAAAAGUGGAUGACCGCUUUGGGGGCUAUGUAGCUUGCACACUGCUUGUUUUCUGUUUCAUCACCUUCAUUCAGAUCAUCGUAUUCCCACACACUCCGCUCAUGCUGGGCAUCUACGUCAGCAUCUUCAUCAUUCUCGCCAACAUCCUCUUCAUCUGUGCCAUCUACUCCUGCGUUAAGCUGUUCCCAAGUGCCAUGCAGACUGUGUCAAAGAAGAUAGUGCAGUCUCGCACCAACAGCACUCUUGUGGGAGUCUUCACGAUCAUACUUGUCUUCGUUACUGCCUUUGUGAACAUGUUUGCCUGCGACACCGAGAGCCUUGUAGAAUGUGUGGCCCGCAAGCUGAACACCUCACGGGACGAGGUGACGCCGUGCGUCAUCCGCAACCUCUCGCUGUCGUCGGGCGAAGGGCUUUCCGUGUGCCCCGGCGAAGCCCCAUCCUGCCCCUUCCCUGAGUACUUCAGCUACAGCGUGCUGCUCACCCUGCUGGCGUGCUCCGUCUUCCUGCAGAUCAGCAGCAUCGGCAAGCUGGCGCUCAUGCUCUUCAUCCAGCUCAGCUUCCUGCUGCUGGUCGAGUGGCCCCAGGCGGCCCUCUUCGACAACGCCGACCUCCUCGUCACCGCCAACGCCCUUAACUUUCGGCCUUUUAACGAAACUCUCCCAGGGCCUUUUUUCAAUGAAACGGAGCCAUGCCCAGAGAGUGUGACCAAAGUCCCUCUGAAGGUGAUGACCCCGGUGAUCCUCACGGUGUUUGUACUGGCCCUGUACCUGCACGCGCAGCAGGUGGAGUCCACGGCACGCCUGGACUUCCUGUGGAAACUGCAGGCCACCGAGGAGAAGGAAGAGAUGGAGGAGCUGCAGGCCUACAACCGCCGGCUCCUGCACAACAUUCUGCCCAAGGAUGUGGCUGCCCACUUUCUGGCCCGCGAGCGCCGCAACGACGAGCUCUACUACCAGUCCUGCGAGUGCGUGGCCGUCAUGUUCGCCUCCAUCAGCAACUUCUCCGAGUUCUACGUGGAGCUGGAAGCCAACAACGAGGGCGUGGAGUGCCUGCGGCUGCUCAACGAGAUCAUCGCCGACUUCGACGAGAUAAUCAGCGAGGAGAAGUACAGACAGCUGGAGAAGAUCAAAACCAUCGGUAGCACCUACAUGGCAGCGUCUGGGCUCAACGACUCCACCUACGACAAGGAGGGCCGUUCCCACAUAGUGGCCCUGGCCGACUACGCCAUGAGGCUGCGGGAGCAGAUGAAGUACAUCAACGAGCAUUCCUUCAACAACUUCCAAAUGAAGAUCGGUUUAAACAUAGGGCCUGUGGUCGCGGGAGUCAUUGGCGCUCGGAAGCCUCAGUACGAUAUCUGGGGGAACACGGUCAACGUGGCGAGCCGCAUGGACAGCACAGGGGUCCCCGACCGCAUCCAGGUGACCACAGACAUGUACCAGGUCCUGGCCAGCAAAGGGUACCAGCUGGAAUGCCGCGGGGUGGUGAAGGUGAAAGGGAAGGGGGAGAUGACCACUUACUUUCUCAACGAUGCCCCCCCCAGCAGUUAGAGGCAGCGGCUGUCCCACUUGCAUGAAGGAACAAGAGUCGGUGGGACGGGCUCUUCGCAAGCAAUAAAAAACAGCCGUGAAUCAUCUGCCGUGGAGCAAGACUUCUGUGUGCAGCGGUGGUCUGUUUUUAUCGCCGCACGACAAAGACGGGCUUUUCGUGCGCUGCUUUCCUGCAGGCGAUCCGAGGGAUAGAAAGUCAUUGUUUUCUGACAUUUUUUUUCCCUCGGAAGGAAAUUGACUGAACUUAGAGCAACUUUAUUUGAUUUUUUUUUUUAGUUUCGAGAACAGAUACUUUUGUUUCCACUUUAGGAUUGUUAUUUAUUACCUUUAGUUUUUAUUAAGGUUUAGUUUAGUUUUACCUUUAGUUCAUAAUCCAAUCUUUGUAUGUACAUAAGGAAAAAAUUGACCAAAGACCAAGUGCUUAAUAUGAUAACAUAACAAAUAAAAUAUGAAGAUAUUUUUUUUUUUUGUUUGUUUGUUUGUUUGUUUUAAAUAUUUGCUGAACAAUCAGCUAAUGAAUUGUAUGUCUUCGGACCUGUUUUGAAGAUUUUUUUUUUCCCCCCAAUUAUGGUUUCAGUGUUGACACCACUAUUUUUUUGUUUUUAAUAGUUUUAGGUUUUUUUUAGAAGGUAAAUCAAAUGAAGGACUUCAAAGAAAUUCUUUGGCCUUGGUUCUGGAUUUUACCGCACCUCCAAAGGAUUUUGUCAGAACUUUCCCUGCUGGAGGCAGUCCGGACACUUAACCAGAGACUGCAAGUGGGCCUUUAUACGCACUGUCAAUGUCAUUAUUAUCUUUCAAAGAAGUAUUUUGUGAUACAAAACAAAAAGAAACAAAAAACACCUCUAAACAAGAGGCUGUGGCAUUGGACACCCUGGUACUAGACAGUAUGUUACCUUGUAAUUGUUAUAAAAACGUUUUUUAAAGAAAAUAUACAUAUAGGUAUGAGUGUAUGUAUGGGUGUGUGUGCGCGUGUGCGUAUAUGUAUGUAUGUGUAUGCACACAAUAUUAUGACUGCAUACUGUGCUUUAUAAUCUUUAAGGGGAAUAACUUUUCACUGUGAGGUUUAUAUGACAACAUCAAAAUUUGCUUUCUUGCCAAAUUAACUGCUCCAAAGCAUGUCUGAUUGUGCUAUGUUCUCCUUCUUGUUUUUGCCUUUAUUUCUAGUUUUAAUGUCGCUACU